CUAAUCUUAUAAUUCAAAAGAAAACAAAUUUUUGUCUUCCUUUAGUUGGUCCAUAUUAUUUUAUACCCUUAUAUUCCAUACCCUUACCAAAACCAAAGGUAAGAAUAAGGGGUGGCUACAUAAGAAAAGAAUAAAGUCGCCAACCUUAUAUUAUUAUACACAUACCAUUUAUUUAUUUAUUUUCAUAUUCAUACAUUAACAUGAAAGUACCCUCAAAUUCCUCCUAACAAACACAUCUUCAAAAAAAAAAAAAAAAAAAAAUCAAGUGGGCUUUGAGCUGUGAUUUAGCUGGCCCUUUGAUGUAAUAUUUUCUCCUCUCUCUCACUUUCUCUCUCCUCACUAAAUAUACACAUACCACUCUCUUCAUUUCCAAUUCACAAACCCCUAAAAAUCAAAAAUUAUUAACUUCCAAACCAAACCCUUUCUUCUUCUUCUUCACAACCUCACACUUCAAAUCUUCUUCUUCUUCUCUUUCUCUCACUAAAACCCACAUUUUUCUCUCAGAUCUCUUCAAAAAAAAAGAACCCAGAAAAUCUGAGAGAAACUCACUCUCAUUUUUCAUUCAAAUUUGAUAAAGCUUUAAUCUUUCUCAUUCAAAUUUGAUAAAGUUUUAAUCUUUCUCAUUCAAAUUUGAUUUUCUUCAUCUGGGUUGUUUUCUUUUUCUCCAUUUUCUUCUUCUAUAGAUGUCUCAUGUGAGAUGAGAUGAAGAAAACAACAACCCACAACCCCAAUUUUUGUUACCUCUUUUCUUAUCUUCUUCUUUUCGUCACUUUUUUAACCGUCAAAACAUCAGCUUUCGUCGGAAAUGGUAAACUUUCCGACGCAGAAGUGAGCUACAUUCGUAAGCGUCAACUUUUAUAUUACAAAGAUGAAUUUGGUGAUAGAGGAGAGAGAGUGAUAAUCCCACCAAAUCUUCAAUUUCUUAACCCAAAGUUAAGAGAUGCAUACAUUGCUUUACAAGCAUGGAAACAAGCUAUUUUAUCUGACCCAUAUAACUACACUGUUAAUUGGGUUGGAUCUGAUGUAUGUCAUUACACAGGUGUUUUCUGUGCUCCAUCACCUGAUAAUUCAUCUGUACUUACAGUUGCAGGUAUAGACUUAAACCACGCAGAUAUUGCGGGUUAUUUACCAGAAGAACUUGGAUUACUUCGAGACCUUGCAUUGUUUCAUAUUAAUACAAACAGAUUUUGUGGUACUGUACCACAGAAUUUUAGAAAUAUGAGAUUGUUGCAUGAAAUAGAUCUGAGUAAUAAUCGAUUUGCUGGGAGAUUUCCAAAAGUGGUACUUUCAUUACCAAGUUUGAAGUUCUUGGAUCUGAGAUUCAAUGAGUUUGAAGGAAAUGUUCCUAGACAACUUUUUGAUAAAGAUCUUGAUGCUAUUUUUAUAAACCAUAAUAGGUUUAAGUUUGAGUUACCAGAUAAUUUUGGGAACUCACCUGUUUCUGUGAUUGUGUUGGCGAAUAAUGAUUUUCAUGGGUGUAUACCUGAGAGUUUGGUGCAUAUGUCAAAUUUGAAUGAGAUUAUAAUGAUGAAUAAUGGGUUUAGAUCUUGUUUACCAAGUAAUAUGGGAUUGUUGCAGAAUUUGACAGUGUUUGAUGUGAGUUUUAAUGAGUUGAUGGGGUCAUUACCAGAAUCUGUUGGACAGAUUAUGAGCUUGGAGCAGCUUGAUGUUGCGCAUAAUAUGUUUUCUGGGAAUAUUCCGCCAAGUAUUUGUAAGUUGCCAAACUUACAGAAUUUUACUUACUCUUAUAACUUCUUUACUGGUGAACCUCCUGCUUGUUUACGUCUACCUUCUUUUGAGGAUAGAAGGAAUUGUAUUCCUAGGCGGCCCGUUCAACGCUCUGCACGCCAGUGUAGAGCGUUAAAACCUGUUGAUUGCUCUUCAUUUGGUUGCGGCGGUGGCGGUGGAGGUGGCGGAGGUAGAUUUCCACCUUCCCCUAUUAUAUACCCUUCACCCCCACCACCCCCUGUUGUUUAUUUAUCUCCUCCACCUCCACCCGUGUUUUCGCCUCCUCCACCACCUCCACCCCCUCCACCUCCACCCGUGUAUUCGCCUCCUCCCCCACCUCCUCCCGUAUACUCCCCACCACCUCCCCCACCUUCUCCACCUCCUCCAUCACCUCCACCACCACCACCUCCCGUAUAUUCACCACCUCCGCCACCACCACCGCCGCCACCACCACCAGUUUACCCUCCCCCACCACCACCACCGCCACCGCCACCGCCACCGCCACCACCACCGCCACCGUCACCUCCACCGCCUUAUAUAUACAAUUCACCUCCACCACCACCACCAACACCAUCACCGCCAUGUGUGGAAUUACCACCACCACCGUCGCCGCACCCAUGUCCAGAACAUCCAGCACCAUUUAUGCCACCGCCUUCGCCGCCAUAUGUAUAUGUAUCACCACCACCACCAACAACGCCACCAGCACCGGUAUAUGAAGGACCAUUGCCACCUAUAUUUGGAUUACCUUAUGCAUCACCACCACCACCACCUUUCUAUUGAUUCUUUUUUUUUUCAGAUGAAUUUUUCACCUCCUCUUAACAAAAUUUAGGUUCUACUAUUACUACUACUAUUAUUGCUACUAGUAUGAGAUUUUAUGUCACUUCUUCAAUUGGUGUUUUCUUUUGGGCAAUAAAGAGAAGGGUAAAAACAAAGAUGUUUGUUUGUGUUGAAUUGAGAGUUUAUGUUGUCAUUCUGCAUUUGGAGGAACACAUGAAGAAAAGAUGGGAUUUUUAUACAGAAGUGAAAAAUUCAAGAGGAGUAAAUUAAAAGAGGAGGAAAAAGUCUCUUAUUUCCACAAAAAAUUCAUUCAGAAAAAUUGUUAUGGAUAUUCUGUCUCUCAACUCUUAUCUGAAGAGUUUGUGAAAUAAAUUUGGUGCAGCUGAGGAAAACAAAUCAUCAAAAUCAAAAAAAUAAUAAAAAAAAGAGUAGGAUUUGCAGGGGAAAGUGUAUGUAUAGGCUUUUGUUAUGCAAAUUUGAGGAAACCAUAAUUCUGGAUGGAAAGAAGAAAAUUUGCAGCUAACACUUAUCCCUGGUGUUGCUGCUUCUGCUGAUGCUGCUGCUAUGUGGGUUUGUUAUUAAUUUUUUUUUUCUUUUUGUUAUGAUCAUACUUUUUUUUUUAUUUCAUUUUUAAUUCUCCAUUUAUAGUACUAUAAUUUUGGAACAAUUUACUACUAUUUUGUAUUCAUUUUUCAGAAUUCAUAUCACUUUGUCUA